CGUAAAUUUGAAAAUCAAUAUAAGAACCACGCACAACAUGCCGAAAACAGAUCAAUUUUCCUUCCUGAAUAAUUGAAAUUUUGCAUCAGAAUUCAUUUGUAGCACACAAUGACCAAGUAAUACAUCAAUACAUUCGUAAAAUACAUGAUUAUAAAACCAAUUUUCUAAAUCAAUCCUUAAUAAAGUGAUAAUGCACAUGAAUACAGUUCAAAACAAUUUGCUCGAGUGGAAAAAUAGGCUAUGUGAAUGAAGGCCAACUCUUUGAAUUUCCACAUAAUAGUCUUGUGUUUAUUGUCUUUGAUACCAUGGCCUGGCCCAAUGGUGUUCAAGAUUUCUUGCCCAAGAGAUAACGCGAGGAUCGUUCGAAAGAUAAUCCAAAACAAAUGGGCGCCCGUUUUAGAUAAAUUUAAAGUCACGUUACCAUUAGAAUGUCCGUUUCACCCUCAAAGAGACAUUUUUGGUCCUCAACAAAUGGCCAAGUACCAAUUUAGACCUUCACAAUGGACCUGUGGUCUAUGCGGAAAAUCGUUUUUUGAAGAGAAAUUUUUAGACAUUCAUCUAGAUAAUCGUCAUAAAACUCACAUAAACAUGGCUGAAGAUGCAGUGUGCCUUGCUGAUUAUUGCGACAUAAUGCGUUGUGAUGUAUUGGUAAAUCACUAUCAAAAGACAAUGUACCAUGAAGGGACAAACACCGACAUCGAAAUUUGGAGGGAAGCUUCGUCUUAUUCGCAAGCACUUGCACCAACGGGACCCAGAGAAAUCGCAAAGUAUUCAUCGAAAAAAAGUGCAAAAGCAACAUUAAAAUCAAAAGAAAAGGGACAUUGUCAGAAAUCUGAAGCACCAAAUACAUCAGAAGGAAACGAAGAAUCAAACGAUGAAAAAUCACAAAAUAAUAGUUAUAAAAAUAUUUGUCAAAAUGAUUUGGUAGAUUCUGCUUUACCCGCAGCAGGUAACAAGCAACAACGUAUAAUAGAAUUAGAAAAACUUAAAGCUAACUGUAAACCUGAAGAGCUACAAAAAGUCAAAAUAAAAUGUGAACUUGUAGUACAUGAUUGUGUAGCAAGCUUACUAAUCCAUUUAUCAACUAAAGAUUUUAAAGAAGUAGAAGAAGAGUUAAACAGGGCUGUAUGUUGGUAUUUAACUUGUGAUCGUUACUGGGAAGAUUCGCAUGCCGAAUUAAGACAAUUUCCUUGGGGUUUACUUUGCAUGGUUGUGAUGGUGAUGUCUUUGGGAAUAUGCUUUUGCUACUAUAUAGUAUGGGUGUUAUUCGAUAAUGAUGAUAUUAGUGUUACCAGCGCUAGUUUAACGGACCGAUCAACGCCGUCGCCCGCGCACUUGCUUAAACAUGACCAGCAGUAUCUUGACGCGCAUCAACAGCCAUACAACGAGGACUAUUACGCUACAGACAAAGAUAAUGAAUACAUUUACGUCACUUAUCCACCCGAUCUUAAAAGACGGUUGUUAGAGAGCUGUUACAAUAGAACCACACGCUUGUGAAGAGAUAGAAGUUAGCCAUCCCACACAAUUUCAAAUUCCAAGUCGUAGUAGUUUCAGAUAAAUCGUAGUUGAAAUUCAUUAGACUAAAUAGACGUUUUUUUUUUUUUUUAAAAAAGAAAGAAAAUCAAAAAUUCUCCUUUUAGAGUAGAAUUUUUCAUUCGGUAUUGAGCCGAAAAAUAAAAGCAAAAUUGAUCAAUUCUAAUAUUUAUUGCCUUUUGUACACUAUAUUAGAAAAUAAUAACUAUAGAAUGAUAAAGGGAGGGGGAAAAUGAUCGAAAUCAUGUGAUUACGACUAUUUUAAUAAUAUAAAAAAAGAAAUGAAGUGAACAGCUCGCUAACGUUUCUCUUUCGCCGCUUUCCAACAAUAAUUAGAAAGAAUUGUCUCUAUCUACAAAAGUUUGCAAAAACAAUUUAACUUGUGAUGGAAAUAAAAAUUUUAUUGAUAUAAA